AUGGUGACAACUCGGGCCAAGGAUAGAGCCCAAGUUCAAGAGGCUGGGGCCGUCGACGAGAAGAAAACAGGUACCAAGAGACCACGCGACGAGGCUCUCAAGGCGAAAUCCACUGAGCCAAAAACGAAACAACGAAGGAAGGACCAAGUCGCAAAGGCAGAUGAGGACAACACCAAGGAUGCACGCAAUGACAGUUCAAUAGAUGACAAAAAGUCGACCCCGAGAUCAAAGGGAAGGCCCAAGAAAAUCAGCAGCCCGCAUAGUCAGAAGAUCGAGAGACUUCUCCAGCAUUUCAACGCCCUUCCUCUCUCCGACACCAACCUUGAACAGCCAGCCAAGGCAACUCCUGACACCGUUUUGGCACUGCUCUUGAAUGCCAUAUUGUCUUCAACCCGAGUGUCACAUAACAUUGCGGCAAAAACGACCGCCCUCGUCAUCAAGGCGGGAUAUCACAAGCUUGAGGUCCUGAAGAAGAGCAGCUGGGAGGAGAGGACCGAGGUGCUCACGGAGGGCGGAUACACGCACUAUCGGGAAAAGACGGCAACGUUUAUGGGACAGCUGGCGGAGCUGGUUGAGGAGAAGUACGACGGCGAUCUGAACAAUGUUGUGAAAACCGCAUCCCAGGAUCGGAACAAGAUCCGAGCGGAGCUUCAGAAGAUCAAGGGGAUCGGAGACGUCGGCAUCGACAUCUUCUUCACCACUGCGCAACACGUGUGGCCAUGCCUCGCGCCCUGGAUUGACCCAAGGUCUCUACAGACAGCCGAACACAUUGGACUCGGCACCGACGUGCAGGCGUUGUGGGAGGAGGUGGGCCUGAGCCCAGAGUUGAUGUGUCGGCUGGCAUGCGCUUUGAUGGAUAAAAUCGGUGCAGAAUCUGUCCAGCAGGCGAUUCCCACAGUGAAGCCGACAUCUGGAGUCAUGGCCGAGAAGACUUUCCACUAUGAGCAGCGACGCCUGGAGAACGAUCUCGUCGCCCUCGUGCCAUUCGAGCCUGGUGUCCACACGGCGCCUUUUGUCGAGAUGAUCAAGACCUACCCAGACAUGUUUACGUACAUUCCCUUUCCAGUCAUAAACGACGAGGCCGACUUCUUGAGAAAGGUAUACGAGGGUAUACACGCAUCCCCUGCAGACUGUCUGUUCGCAGUGAUGGACAAGGUCGUCUCCCCGGAGGCACUGGACACGAGCGCAAAGUUUGCCGGUGUUGUGUCCCUGACAGCCACGAACCCCGUCAAUGCCGUCACCGAGGUUGGUGCAAUGAUCUUUCCAGCGUUCCAGCGCACCCACGUCGCAACAAAUGCUAUAGGACUCCUCCUCUUCUGGACGCUCGAUCCACCCUCGACAGGCGGUUUAGGGCUGCGCCGCGUUAUAUGGCAAUCACAUGCAGGAAACGACGUAUCUCGAAGAGCUGCUUUGAGGAUCGGAUUCGAGUUUGAAGGGAUCGCGAGGUGGGAUCGCGUAUUUCCGCGUGGUAAGGUGGCCCUCUCGGCAGAAGCCCUUAGAUUGAGGAACGGCACGCAUGAAGAACAGCCCGGGAGGCACACCGCUGUCUAUUCGAUCGUAUGGGACGAAUGGGAGGACAAGCGACCCAAGAUUGCGGCGCAGAUGGAGAAGAGAAAAUGA